CCAUUUGAUUCCUAAUAUUAUCUCUCUUUAAAUCACACUAGUCUCAAUUUCCAUGAAUCAACUUUGGUUAUAACAACAGUGAGUAGUCCCUCUCUUUGUCCCUCCCUCAAACAAACAACACAUUUCCAUGGCAUCUCCUCAUGAUUUCAAUAAACCUCACUCUCUUCCUCCCUAUCCCGAGAUGAUUAUUGCUGCAAUAGAUGCAUUAAAUGAGAAACUGGGUUCAAACAAGACUUCAAUCUCGAAAUUCAUUGAAUCAAAGUACCAGAACUUGCCUGUUGGGCACUCAACACUGCUAAGACACCACUUGAACAGGAUGAAAGACACCGGAGACCUUAUUUUCUGGAAAAACAACUACAUGAAGCCUGAUCCCAACUUCAUCCGUCGUGGACGGGGAAGGCCUCUGAAGCCCAAGGAGCCCGACAUGCCAGAAUCUGGUGGUUCAGCUCGACCCAGAGGCCGACCCAAGAAGGAUGAGUUUGGUGCUGAUAUUCUUGACCCUGCUGCUACAACUGCAACUGCAACUGCAACUGUAACCCCAAAGAAGCAGAAAGUGUCUCCAUCCAAUACUUUUGAUGGCAAAUUUGAUAUGGGAGCAGACACAAAAACUGGAAGGCCAAGAGGUAGGCCUCCAAAGGUGAAGCUACAAAUUGGGGGUGAAGGGGUUUCAGCAUAACAAGUAGCAAAAAUCAGACUUGUAGCAUUUAACCUCCUGGUUUUUUAGGACUUUGUAACCAAGACGUUGUUCGUGAUCAACCAUUGGUGGUGUUUAGUGUGUCGAGUAGUAAUUUGGGUAGACAGAAAAAGGGGAUUAGAGAAGGAUUUGUGUGUGCAGGUGUAAUUUGGGUGUAAAUUGUCAACUUUGUUGGUUUGUUUGUUUCUAAUGCUGAUGCUUUGUUGGUGUUACCUAGAAAAUAAGACAAACAUUAAUUAUGAUUCUAAGUGUUUUUCGCUUGUAAUUUAUACGAAGUAUUAGUUUGGCCUUCUUUUUUGUUCAUUAAA